AUGUAUUCGAAAUAAAAGAAUCAAAAGGGAAAGCCAGAGUGGGUUUCAUCAUUCGCAGAUUAGGAUCGUUACAAGUUAUCGUAGGCUGAAUUGAUGUAAAAGAAAAUUAGUUUAAUGUCAAAACAUCGCAUGGAGGCUAAAGAUUAAUGGCAAUAAGUAUAAGAAAAAUUAAAACACAAUGUUAUGGAUGAUGACACAUAAAAGGUUGUUAUUCGUGAUUUACAAUAGAUUUAUUUGACUGCAUUGCAUUCUAAAGGCUUGAAUAAUUCAACUUCAAAAAGAAGAAAUUUAACAUAAAUGAUUGAAUGGGAGAAAUCUGAAAGAGCCCAUUCAUAAAGUUAAUUUAAACCAGACAUUCUUGAAUAAGCUAAACUGUUGCUAUAGGAAAGCGAAAGAGGACAACAAAACCAGGAUCCUAAUUUUCUCCAUAAAAUAAAGUAGGACUUAGAGGAUACAAAAUCAUUUGUUGCAAAGGCUUAGAGAUUAAAGAAACCAGAAAAAAUAUUGAAGGCGCAAUAAGAGAAAUCGUUUGAUAAAAGUAAAUAAGAAAUAAAAAAGUCAACAACCAAAUAAAACCAAAUGAAUGAAGAUAAGUAAUAGUAAAGCUAAGAAAAUUAUGGGUUUAAUGGUAUGAAAAACCUAGACAAUGUUAUUUCAUUUCUUGAAAAUACAUUACAUUCUUAGGAAGUCUAAAUUUCAUAAUUGAAAGAGGAGAACCCAUUUCGUAAUGCAGCUUUGACUGAUACAAAGACAAUCUAUUCAGAAAUUCCUAAUUUUUCUGUUAAUAACACUCAAAACAAAUUUUACCCGAAGGAGGAGAAUUGCUUUGCGUAAUAAACUAUUGAGAAUUUCAAUUAAGAUACAAAACAACAAUAAAAUCUGCAAUUUCAAAAUAAGGAGAAUGAUUUUAUAAAUUCUAGAAUUUAAAAGGAGGAGUUUAGUAAUUUAAAUCAAUCUGAGAUUCCUAAAAACGAUAUUCCUAAAUAUGAGCAAUUCAAAAAGGAUAUCAUGAAAAUAGAAGAGCAACAUCCAAAUCAAUUUGUAUAACAGCGAUUGAAUUUUGAUAAGGUUUGCUUCACGACAAAGAAUGAAAUAUCUUUUGAUGAUAACAUAGAUUAGUUGAGAUAGUUACUUGAAUAAACAAGACAAGAAUUAAAUUAAAUGAAUUUGUAAGACUCUAGCAUUUUGGAUUGUAACAGCAGUCAAAGAGACAUAAACAUACAGUUAAAUUAGGUAGAGCCCUUACAAUAGAAACAUAUAAAUUACUAAUAGCUUCAUAGAAAGUAUAAGAAUUGUGACACUUUUGACAUUAAUGAUCAUUUAAUGUGA